ACAGAUAUGAAGUUAGUCGUCAAACACGGACGCACCGAUAUAUUUGCGUUCGUUACCAGACAUUUUGAUCAUUUUCACAAUGUGCAAUAAUCUGUGAGAGUUCAUGAGUUGCAUGAAAAUAUAAUGGGCAAAGUAACAAAAACAUUUUCCACCAAAAAAGUAUCGCCAAAAUUGAAAAACAAGCGACGAAAAAGAGAACUCGAUAAAAUACACUCAAAAAUCUUAAAGGCUAAAAGCAAGUUGGACAACAUAGAAAAACAUGGUAACAAAAGUCGACAAAAGAUACAAAACCAAGCAAAAAUAUGCAGUAGGCUACUGCCAAAGCCAGUUGCUGGCAUAUACAGAAAUGGUGCAAAAGGUAAAGACAUUCAAAAAGCAGAGACAUCAGAAAAUAAAAUCAACAAUGCCCGGCUAAAAGCAGAUGCUUUGCAAUUGUUCAAUGGUGACACAUCAGAAUCUAUAGAAGAUGACGUAGAAAUAGCCCUAUUUGAUGAACCUACUAUACAAUCUCUAAAUAAAAGUUUUGUAGAAAACAGUUUGGAACGGGCAGCAUGUGAAUCAGAGCAAAGUCCUGUUUUAGGAAAACGACAUGAUCACAAUCAGAAUGUAUAUGUUGUUAAAAAUAAAACUAAGAAUACAUUUUCCAAAAACUUGAAUUUAAAUAGAAAUAGAAAGAAAAAUGUGAAUAAAUCAAAGAACAUUAUGCAGAAAGACGUUAUAUGUAAGCAAAGAUUAUUUCAAAAUGAUAAACAAUUGGAAAAUACUGGUAAUUUACAAAUAUUUAAUACUAUCGAUCUUACACAAGAGGAUACGAUAAAUGAAGAAAAAAGAGAAGAGAUAUUAGAUAACAAAUUUUGCGAUCAAUUUAACAAAAAUAAAUUUUGGAAUCCAUUAAAUCGUUUUGAGGAAUUUUGCAGAAAAAUGGCUACAGGAAUUUCUGAUGGCUUUUCCCAAAAUUAUCGACCAGAUCCUGUUAAAACAACUCUUAAAAUAUUGAGAGUUAGUUAUGCUGAAUGUUUUCGUCAACAACUUUUGCGUGAAAAGAAAACACAAUCGAACACAGAAUCACCCGUGGAAUAUCAAGCUUGUACUUAUUCAAAUUCGCAAGUAUCGUCUGUCGAAUUUGAAGUUCUUAAAUGUGACGAUAAAAACGAUACAAUCGUCGCAAAUCCAUCGGAAAGCACUCAGAAAAUCAAUAACUUGCAUAGAAUACCACAUUUUAUGUGCGAAAAAGGCAAUGACAUAACGCAGUACGAUUCUACAUCUCGUUCGUCACAGAAUAGUUUUGCAGCAUAUAAAAAUAGUGAGAAUAAUGGUGGUAACCAGUUUGUAAAUCAAUUUUCAGAUGUUUCUCAAUUUCCUAAAUCAGUGAAUUUAUAUUUUGUAAACGAAAACCAUUCUGUAGAUUCUCAGAAGAAUUCCAAUCACGUUAGUUUUGCUUCAAAACAGAAUCGAUGUAGAAAGAAUAAUUGUUAUUAUAAACAUUCUCGAGAUGUUGAUAAGACAGGACGCUCGGCGACUUUGAUCUUUUCGAACGAAUCUGUGUUAUCAGCAGAAAAACUGUUGAGGAAAUCAAAGUUAUCGACUGUUACCGCUAAUACUUGUGCGCCAAACGACAUAUUUCAAAAAUGCAAUAGAACAGCGAAUGAGCAUAACAACAAAAAUAUUAAACAAAUACCUAAUAUUAUUCGUCGAUAUAAUGAUAUUAAAGUUACCAAAAGCACUUAUUCUACACAAUUAAAUGACAUUUGUCCCGAAAGUUUGUACAAGAAAUUUGAAACCACUGUAUUUAACGAUCCAGAUAGCAAUGUUGCAAAGGAAUCUCGUGUAGAAUAUCCAUAUAUGUUAGGCAGUGUUCCUACACCUAGUAUAUUAAAUAUGCCACUUGAUCGAUCACAAUCGUUGGAACGUCCGAAUAAGUUCAGCUAUGUUUCUGCGCCUAAUAUAUCGAUUGUACCACUCGAUAGAUCGAAAUUGUUAGAGCCUCAGAUCGAAUCAAUGAAAAUACAGGAUUUUCGAGAGUCCCAAAUCGAUAAUGUGAAUAUAAACGUGCGUUCCAAAGUGAAAAAAAUGACCGGAAAUAACAGACUUUCUCGAUUUAGCAAUACAUCGCACUCACAAACUUUUGAAAAUUUAUACAAUUCAAACACAUAUGUUAAAACUCCAGUUCAAGAAAUUGCUUCGAAUGCGAGACAAGUUUUUUGUACGAAUAGUUGUCACCCAGUCACUUAUUUACAAACUGCCAACAUUCCCGGGUUGAACGUAGAACAAGCAAAACAAGUUUCUUCACAAACUAAAUUACAUGUAUAUGAAGCCAACAAUGCUAAGCAACAGUUUAUCGGAAACACUACACGCGAUCAGAAUUCAAAUAUUCUUUUCAAUAGUGUUAGCAACAAAAUAGCAACAUUAAAUUUCCCCCAAAAUAUUCAAUUCGACAAGAGAUGCGGAAAAUCCACAUGCAAGAAAUUGUUCAGUAAAACAGAUGCAGAAUGCGUUAAAAAUCUAACUAGUCAAAAUGUAUGUCGUUGCAAUAAACGAUGUAUUUGUCACGAUUCUGCCGAUUGUCCGCCUAAACAUAGUGUUGCGCAGAUGCAUUAUUGUGACAAAGAUACCGUACAAGCAAUGACACAACCCAAUAUGUCGUACGACAUAAACAUCUACAGUAGUAACACAGAUAAGUCGGUUGAUUCUUCCAAUGGUCUGCAAAAUGCAUCGUUUUUACCACUGGAACAAAAAUAUAAUCCAUAUACUUACUUACAAACAGUCGAUGGCCAGCAUCACGCGGUGUUGCUCCAAGAUGCCACUCAACCUGUAAAAUAUUUUGCUGUAAAAAAUGAUAGAGGUAUCCAAAGAAUACCCGUAUACAUAAAUAAUAGCAGUGCUAAUAUAACGGAAAAUUUCCCGCUAAAAUUAGCUCUAAUGAAACCGAAUAGCCGAACAAAAAUAUAUCCGCAAGAAGUCACGAAUCGAGUGAUACCGUUGCAAGCGAACAGUCUGCCUGUUGACGAGGUUGCGAUGCACAAAACAAGCGCUCAACCCGUGAAUGCCGUAUUGUUUAAUUCAGAUUUACAAUCUAAUACUUGGUAUACUUCGAAUUUGUAAUAGGGAGAUUUAAUAUGUACUGAUACAUAUAUAUGUUGGAUGACGGUUGAAGAAUACAUCAAUGUUCAGCAGAACAUAAUCGUUGCGUAACGGUUUUUUCACCCGUUGAAAGUCUCUGCUAAACAUGGUCAGUGUGAUAGCAUAGAUAACUUGGUAUUUGGAUAAUAUAUUUUCAAGGAUAUAAUUGCAAAACGCGCAUAAUAUUUAUUACUAUUAU